UGUUCCUGCACGCUAAUCAUAGGUUACUGUAACCGUCUUGGCAUAUCGACAACAUGAACGGUGGUCAAGUUUAUUCGAUUGAAUGCAUUAAAUGCAAGACAGAGUUUUCUUCUGUAUUGCCUCUGGAGCCAACCGAUGCGAACUGCCUUUGCUGGGAUUGCCAUCUUCAACAGCAUACAGCACAAUGCUCUUCUAGGACUGAUGUCUCCUCGCAGCCCGAGAUUAAUGCUCCUGGAGAAGGAGAUCGUAUGGAAGCCGAAGGUGCCUGUACAAGCAAUACUCAAGAAACAGAACAAAAUUAUAUGUCAGAAAACCUUAAAGAGUCCUCAAGUAGAUUGUGUGGGGUCCUUAAAAAAAUUAAACUUAAAGCAUCUUCGGCAAAACCACCUAGUUCCCACGAGGCUUCUCAAAGCACUACUGAUGAAAAUAUGCCGAUUAAGAAGACGUUUUUCAAAAGAGGUAUACAUUUACCAAGACGAGGCAGUACCAACUUUGUAUGUCCUGAUUGCUCAAGAUCUUCAGGGUCCAGAGGGUCCCAUAACUUGGAUCUAGUGUCGCAGAUGACAAUGUUGUGUAUCAAACCUAUCGAUGACGAAGAUGAAGGAGUUGGGGCAGACAUAGUAGUAGAUGAAUUAGGACAGGAGGUUCCAGAGCGUGGAGAGUCUUUGAACAGUAAGAACUUCUUUAUGAAGUACCCGCGACAUCUGGGAGCUGCGAUGAACGAAUUGCAGAAUCCACCGAAGCUUUAUACUGCUCAGUGUGGGCACGAAAAUCCAUGCUUCAUCGCAAGAUGUUACGUAUGCAAGAGGAAAUGUAACAUUUCUAGUCCCUCCUCCGACUAUGGUUGCUUAAUCUGUCAAUAUAGGAGUAGUUUUAAUAUUGGUGGAAGUAAAAAGAUCUAAAGAUCUGAAGAUUUUCAUUGUUAAUAAAGCUCUAUAACAAUAAUAGUCUAAGAUUUUGAAAUUAUUUUUUUCAUUUCAUUGUUUAUUUUGGCUUUGAUAAUAUAAAU